UAAACGAGACACCAUUUUGAACUUGUUGAUAACUACGUUUGGCAGCGAUGGAGGAAAGGCAGAGAGUGAGAGGGGGCAGUUGGAAGAGAGGUGGUGGUGGACAUGACAACGACAACGCAGGUAGUGAACACCGGGGCCGAGGGCGAGGAGGUAACGUUAACCACAGAGGCCGAGGUAAAAGGGACCAUUAUCGUGGGCGUGGACGGGGUGGAAACGACGCAGCAUCGGGCUUCCAACACCGCGACCAUAAUGAAGGGAAUGGGCAAACAUUGGACUGGGAUGAGGGUGAGAAGGUGGUGUUCUCCAGGAGAAAGCUGGAGUCUAACUGGGACCGCUACCUGGAGUCUGAACGGGUGGAGCCAGCCGACGACACACCCGCAGUCAGGGGAACAGACUAUCAUGUCCUGCUGGAAUCUGCAGGGGACUCGGUAACUCAAUUCAGGUUUACUGAAGAAAAGGACUGGGAGCUAGACCCCGUGGCCUCCAGUCAGAUGUCUGCGGUGCGGUUGGACCUGGUGGCUCUGGCGCAGUGCCUCCAGGCUCUUCCCCUCCACCAGAGACUGCAGCUGGAGGCAGAGCUGGUCCAGGUGUCAACACCUCUAGAACUGCCUGCUGCAACCGUUCCACCCAAGCAGGACCCCGUCGUGUUCACUGCUCCCAUCCCGGCUGCCAAAGGCCCCGACACGAGCCCCAGACUUUCCUUGGCCCAGAGGAAGAUCGCCUCUCCACCUCAGGUGACCCGCGCCUCGGCCAACCUGUUGCCUGCAGACGACGCGGACGCAGAACUGGACCUCCUGCUGGGCUUGGACAAGCCUGAUCCAGGCGCUACAGGGAGCCAGCCUGCGGAAACGUCGGACAAACACGUUGUACAGGAGGUUGCGCCGGAGGUAGUGACGGAGGCUGUGACGGAGGCACCAGAGAGGGUGGAGGAAGAGCCGGCCCCGCCCACCAAGAUGGAGCCUGCCAAAAAGGAAGUGACGGAGGAGGAUCUGGAGGACUGGCUGGACAGUAUGAUCUCCUGACCAGGAAGGAGGGCGAGGCAGACAUGACGCCACAGCUUCAAGAAUACCAAACUACCGCAGGUCCUCAUAUUGCUUGCGGAAGCAAUCUCCAGCGGGGUAGAAGUCCCAGCAUCUCUCCUGGUACAUCUUCCACACGAAGGACUCCUGGGGAAGAGGCAGAGACACAUCAGCCACCAGGAUGUGUUUCCACUUGGCUCAGUGAUUACAGUAAAAUACGUGUGUGGGGGGGAAAGAGUGUGUGUGUGGGGGGGGGGGGAACGGAACCCAAUAAACAGUAUUAUGAAAGAAA